CACUUUACGACCAUGAAGCUUACAUCCGGAGCGUUGGCCGUUCUCAGCCUGCUGGCCGUAGCGCACGCGCAAGGCAGCGCGACCACCGAGUCGAGCAGCGGGGACACAGGCGUUUCGACCACGAGUGCUCCGAGCCUGCCUGGGUCGAUCAUCUCUGUCAUAAGCACCCCAAUACUCAGCCCGCCCUCGCUGAGCUCUCUACCACUUUCCAGCGUGGACGUAACCACCACGACAGCUAGCUCAUCGGCGAAUUUGACAACGACCACGGCCUCGACGCCCGGAGGCGCCUCGACGACGGUCACGUCCGUCUCCUCGCCUAUCAUCACCAGUACUGGUACUGUCACGAGCCCAAUCAUCUCUGGGACAUCCAGCACCGGGUCAUCCUCCAGCUCCAGCCUGACGACCUCCGCUCCGGCUACAACUACGACCAGCGGUGCUGCUGGCUCGAUGAAGGCGUCCGCCUGGGUGGUCGCUGCGUUCGGCGUCCUUGCGGGUCUCGCUCUCUAAAAACCACUGGAAGUGGCGAUGGAAGUGUUGAAGCGGGAAGAAAAUGACGGUUUGGGAGGAUAUGUGGUGAUGGACACCUCGAAUCGGACUCGGACGAUUGCAUAACACUUUACAACAUGUUCUUCGAGCAUUCGAUAGCGAGCUGAAUGCAGUAUGCUUUUAGGCAAUGAUGACAAGCGCAUCCGACUCGCGUCGUGUACGGUCUCAUAUCAUGCUCUCCAUCUAUGAUCUUUGUCAUUCCGGCUAUAUACCGCCUCCUGUACGAGCGGAAUCCGAGUCGGACGUUGUGCAAAAGCUUCACAUGUUACUCAGCUGCUGUAGCAAUCGUUGAGUAUGGC